GGGACUUUCCGGGAGAGCGCGGGCUCCCAGGAGCAGUGUUUCCAAUGCUGUAAAUAAUUUUAGGAUACUUUCUUUGUGACAUGAAAACUCCUCACUAUGGCUCACUAUUCCAAAGUAGACCUUGAUGAAGAGUUUGAACAGUUUAUGAAGGAGCUUUCAGAUGAUUCUUUUGAAAAUUCAAAUAUAACACCUAGACAGCCUAACAACGAAAUGAAGAAGAAAGACCCAGUGCCUUGGUGGAUAGCUGAAGAUGAUUUUGAAGAUGAUGGACUGCUUGGAACAAAUGUGAGCUAUUUGAAGACAAAGAAGACAUAUCCACCUGCUAUGGACACAGAAGAGGAGUCUGCUGAGAAAGUUCAAUUUCUUAAGAGCAGUGGAACCUCUAUCUUAAGUGUUGACAGCUUAGAAGCUAAUGAGCUGGCUGUUUCUGAUCUCCAUCAUAGCACCCUUGGUUUGGGCUUGGACACAUUAGAGGAACAAGAGGAGAAAGAGCAAUUCUUUGCCAAGCUUGAGAAAGGCCUAACAUCUUCUAUUGAUUAUUCAAAACUAAAUCAAGAAUUGGAUUCUGAUGACUCCACACAAUUCAAAGCUUUACAUAGGUAUCAAGGUAAUGCAGAGCCAGCUGAAGAUGGAUGUGCAAAUGAAUCAGAACACGAGGAACUGCCAGAAACAUACAGUGAGGAUUUUGAAGAUGCUGAGGAUACUGAUGAACCUUUGAUUACUAAAGAUGAAGAGACCCAUCCCAAAGAAAACUCUGAGUCAGGAAAAGACAGCUUUCCUAAACAGGAGGAAGAGAAAACUGGCAUGCUGGCUAAUGUUGUGCUGCUUGAUUCCUUUGACUCUGAGGAGGAUGUCGUCCUUAGCAAUCAAGAGAAAGCAACGCCUCAAGCAAAGGCCCUCCCAGAAGGGACAGACGGUGAACCAGCAGACACAG